CCUAUUUUUUAUCAGAAACAUGGAUGCUUUUAUCGCUGCCAUUCCCGACAGAUCAAUGCGCCUCCACACCACACACAGUUACCAGUUUCUUGGCCUAGAACAGGGCAGAGGACUCUGGCAUGCUUCAAAUCUGGAGUCCGACGUGAUAAUUAGCGUCAUGGAUACCGGUAUCUGGCCUGAACACCCCAGUUUUCAGGACCAUGGUUUUGGUCCAGCACCAGCUAGAUGGAAAGGCACUUGUGAAAGCGGGUACGAGGCCUCGUAUGGUAGAGUCAAUGAAACCCAAAAUUAUAAGUCCCCCAGAGCAGCAAGUGGUCAUGGAACUCACUGCGCAUCAACUACCGGCGGCAAUCUUGAACAGAACGCAAGUUUUUACGGGCUAGCCAGUGGUGUGGCGGCCGGAAUGAGGUACACAUCAAGAAUCACAGUAUAUAAAGUUUGCUGGGAAGAACCUGAUAGUUGCCAAAGUUGUGAUAUUGUCGUUGCCAUUGAUCAAGCAAUUAAAGAUGGAGUGGACGUAGUGUCCAUAUCAUUAGGAGGUGGACAAGCUAACCCAUAUUCUGAAGACAUCAUAGUUCAAGCAGCAUUCCGUGGAAUCCAACGUGGGAUCUUUUUUUCAUUUUCGACCGGAAAUGAUGGCCCGCGUAUAAAUACUGUUGACAACACUGCACCAUGGAUCAUGACAGUGGCUGCAAGCUACAUUGAUAGGAGCUUCCCUGCAAUUGUCAAGCUCGGAAAUGGUCAAAUUUUUGAAGGGAUAUCUUUGUACUCUGGCAAAUCAUUAAUGCUCUGUUUGGUAACUUGAAUUUGAUUGUGUGUAUUUGAAUUUGGAGUGCUCAAAUUCAAUUUUACUGUUUGUUUUUACCUAAAUAAAAUGUAAUUGGAUUUGGAUGAAAUACACGUAUUUUAACCGGGUUAUUCUCAUGAGUAAAUUCCGUGCAUUUGAAAUUCACCCUAAAACCCUCGAAUUUCAAUUUUGAAUUGAAUUUGCUCUGCACUCUCUUCUCACCGACGGCGAUGGGCCUUCACCGUCCGCCCUAACUCUGCCGUUGCUCUCGCUGCUCUCGUUGCUCUCUCACCUUCGCGUCGUCGGCCACUCAACCUCUCCUUGAUAGUAGGUUCUCAAUCGCGCGCAUCUACCUGAGUUUUCAUCAUCUCUCUCGAUAGAUCAGCGCCUCAGGGUUUGGUUGAGCUUUAAUUUGAAUUGGGUUUGUGUGAAAUGUUGGUUGUAAGUAUGAAUUCUUGGUUUGUGAAGUUAGUACCAUUACUGGGUUUCCUAAGAAAAAUGACAUCUGAUU